AUGGCAGCAGGAGUUCACAGAGGCAAACUAAAGCGGGGAGCCUUUUCUUUUGAAAGCCCUUUCCCUUUGUGUGUUCUCUGCUGCGCCUCAGAUGAAUUAGCAGGAGCACCGAACUGGGGCGCUGGUGCUGCUGCUGCAGCACCUGCAGCAGCAGCAGCAGCAGCAGCUGGUGCUUCAGUUCAAAAGAAUGUGGAAAAGCCACUGGCAAGAAGAAAUGGCCUUUCACCUCUUGUGCACAGCGGCUCUGUCCCCGCUGUCUGUACAUACACCCCAAAGUGGCAGGGGAAAAACAAAGAAAAUAUUUGUGGGGCCAUUUUGAGUCUUUCAGAAAAAGAAGCAAAAGUUUCUUUUCAGUCGGCUGCUGUAGAACCAUUCUGCAGCAGCAGACACAGGCAGCAAACUGGCCCGGAGGUCCAGGGACUGCAGCAGCGCGCCGAGGUGCAACACACGCCACAGCAGCAGCUGCGGCUGCAGCAGGAACGGCAGCAGCUCCUGCAGCAACGCCAACAGCUGCAGCAGCUGCAGCAGCUGCUGCUGCGAAUGCCGCAGCAGCAACCAAACCAACUGCACAUCAAGACUGUGACUCAAUUGGGAGACAAAACGGCUGCAUGCAAAGAGCAGCAAGGAGGCCUUAGCAAGCAGCCAACCGUGCAACAGCAGCUGCUCGAGGCCCAGAGGCGGGUGGAAAUGCUGCAGGCUCUGCUGCAGCAGCAGCAGCAGCAACAGCAACGCCACCAAAACAGGGCCCUGCCGCUUCAGGCGCCAGACCUGCUGCAAAAGGAGCGAUCAACGCACCUGCAGCAGCUACGACAGCAGCAGCCGCUGCAGCAGCAGCAUCUGCAGCAGCUGCGACAACAGCAGCUAUCACAGCACCAGGAGCAGCAGCAGCUGACACAGGCUGGUACUUGGCUGCAGCAAAACCGGUGCCGCCCCAUACAUCUGCAUGCAUUGCAGCAAAAGAGGCCCACAGCCCCUGUGGCUUCUCCGCCUGCCCGUCCCCAAGAUCCUGGGUGUUUCGAGCAAUCUGCAGCAGCAGCAGCAGCGUCCACUGCAGCAGCAGUUUAUGACACAGCAGCACGUACAGCAGCAGCAGCCCGCGCUGCAACAGCAGCGCGCACUGCAGCAGCCCGUAGACCAGAAGCAGCCGCAUGCGCAGCUCCGUCAUGUGCUGCAGCGGCAGCAAGUACAGAAACAGCAGCACGCGCAGCAGCAAAGCUCCCCGCAGAGCACGCAGCAGCAGCAGCAGCAGCAGCAAGUGCAGCAGAGCGGCCUGCUUUGGGGGGCCUGAGCUUCCUUGGCGCAGCCAGCCCUAGCGAGCCAGAGCCAGAGUAA